CAGGGUCCGGGGAGACUGGAUAUAGUGAAUGCAGGGUCCGGGGAGACUGGAUAUAGUGAAUGCAGGGUCCGGGGAGACCAAAUAUAGUGAAUGCAGGGUCUGGGGAGACCGGAUAUAGUGAAUGCAGGGUCCGGGGAGACCGGAUAUAGUGAAUGCAGGGUUUCGGGGAGACCAGAUAUAGUGAAUGCAGGGCCCCGGGAGACCAGAUAUAGUGAAUGCAGGGUCCUGGGAGAUCGGAUAUAGUGAAUGCAGGGUCCGGGGAGACCGGAUAUAGUGAAUGCAGGGGUCCGGGGAGACCGGAUAUAGUGAAUGCAGGGUCCUGGGAGAUCGAUAUAGUGAAUGCAGGGUCCGGGGAGACCGGAUAUAGUGAAUGCAGGGUCCGGGGAGACCAGAUAUAGUGAAUGCAGGGUCCGGGGAGACCAGAUAUAGUGAAUGCAGGGUCCGGGGAGA